GCCGUGGGCGGAGCGCGGACAGCUCCGGUGCUGAUCGCGGGGCGGGUUUGCCGGCAGAGUCCGGGUGGGCAGCGGGCUGCGAGCGACAGCGGGACGAGCGGCGGCCGCGUCCGACGAUGAGGCACGAAGCGCCCAUGCAGAUGGCGUCUGCUCAAGAUUCCAGAUAUGGCCAGAAAGAUACAUCUGACCAGAACUUUGAUUACAUGUUCAAACUGCUCAUCAUUGGCAACAGCAGUGUUGGGAAAACCUCCUUUCUAUUCCGAUAUGCUGAUGAUUCCUUCACUUCUGCAUUUGUGAGCACGGUUGGGAUCGAUUUCAAAGUAAAAACAGUUUUCAAAAAUGAAAAAAGAAUUAAGCUACAGAUCUGGGACACAGCAGGUCAGGAGAGAUACAGAACAAUUACCACGGCUUACUAUCGGGGUGCAAUGGGUUUCAUUUUAAUGUAUGACAUCACAAAUGAAGAAUCCUUCAAUGCUGUGCAGGAUUGGUCCACUCAAAUCAAAACAUACUCUUGGGAUAAUGCCCAGGUUAUUUUGGUGGGUAACAAAUGUGACAUGGAGGAUGAGCGGGUAAUCUUCACUGAGAGAGGAAAACAUUUAGCAGAGCAACUUGGCUUUGAAUUUUUUGAAACAAGUGCCAAGGACAACAUUAAUGUCAAGCAGACAUUUGAGCGACUUGUGGAUAUCAUCUGUGACAAAAUGUCCGAAAGUCUGGAGACAGAUCCCAACAUCACUGCUGGCAAGCAGAACACACGACUAAAGGACAGCCCUCCACCACAGCAACCCAACUGUGGCUGUUAAUGCGGCUACCAGCAAAGGCAGCUCCAGCGCAUUCUGUUGCCAACAGAGUAUUUAUGAAUGGUCUAUAUGCCUUUAUUUAUACUGUCUUAGUAAUUUAUUUGGGAGAAAAAUCUUUUAUUCUACAUUAGCAUCUAGUUGAGUAUAUGUACGAAGAUGGGGAUAUUAAUAGUUUGAAAGAGUAAUCCGCUUUUUUAGCUUCUGGCUCUUGCAUGCAGGAUGGCUAUUAGUUUCUCUUUUCUUUUUACUGUUUCUCAUUAUACUUACUUCAGCUAGUGCCAUGUGACUUGCAUCAUUGGUUUCAAAUUUUGUAGUUGAAUACUUAGGGCAGCGGCCAAGGUAUUUUAUAUUUUCUCCUGACCAAAAAUGUAUUUAGAAAUAUUACUUUAAAGAGCCAAUCAGUCAUUCUGUCUAGAUCAUUUAUAAGGAACACUUCCUUGAGCAUACUGCCUGAGUAAGUCUGGGCUCAGUAUGUUACACAUCAUGUGCUUGGAAACUGUAGAAGUUAGAAGGAGCAGACCUCCAGCCUUCCUGGACCUCAAGCUACCUGCCAUUCCUUUGAGAUUCCAACUGGAUAUGGGUAUGGGUGUUCAGUGCAGAUUCUCAGAGAUAUUAGAUACUUCAUCCUGGCUAACCAGCUACUAUGCUUA